UGUGUCGUUUGACGCUGUUUUGCGCGGGACUAAAUGGUAAAUAGAUUACUUUCCCCCCGAAUUUGACAAAAUAAUUGUCACCCCUCAAUCAUCACGAGAGAUCGUCCCCAAGUCAAUUAUUCAUCGUCUCCGAAACCGCCGAAGGACGUCCAGAGCAUCAAGCUGACUAAAAAAUUUCUCCAUCACGAUGUCUCGUUCAACGAGACUUCGUAAGCCCCCAUCGAGAUUCAGAACCGAUGAGCCACCCCCAGAGGCUGAAAAUCCCUCACCAAAUCCACGAAAAGGUAAUCAAAAACCCCAAAAAGACGUCCUAUUGGAAUUACGAUCGCCAGUUUUGCGGGACAGAACGAAUUUAACGGUCGAGUCAUCAAAAACUGUUAUUUCAAAAAAAGGUAUUGGCGAUAAGAGAGUUGACAAUGACCCUGAGACGAGAAUAAACACAAGAGGCUCAACGAAAAAAUCAACAUCAGCACCAGACGAUGAGAAUAAGAAGAAGACAAUUGUCAAAGGACCAACGAGGCCUUCAUCAGUGAUAAAAAAGCAUCCUCCCCCAGUUCCUUCGAGGUCGAGUAAAAAUUCUGGUGUCCAAGUGACCGAGAAAGAGCCUGACGAUGUAGAAAAGCCAAGAAAAAUCCCCACGAGGAUAACACGAAAGGUCUCCAAGGAUCCCCCCAAGAGCAUGAAGCCUUCAUCGAGGGGAGCCUCCCCCAGGAGCACGAAAUCAUCUCCAAGAACUCGACCAGAGGGUCCAGAAGCCCCUGGGAACGUUCCCAGGACGACGAGAUCGAAGACAUCAUCAGCUGCUGGGCCAAAACCCCCAGAUAAGCCAGAGAAAAUCGAGAGAAAGUCAAAACGCCUCACGAAACCAACUGUCAAAUCUCCCCAAAAGCCAGAGAAAAAGUUCUUCAAGAACAAGAGAAAUAUCACCCUGACCCACUCCAAGGUCUCCCCCAUGAAGCGAGGGCUGAGGCUCCCCAGGAGGCCCCUGCGAACGAAAACCUCUCCCUCGAGGAUACGUCAGCCAACCCUAGCCGAGUCCUUCGCAAAAGUCAAGAAGACGUUGAGACCGAGACGAACGGCCAAGAAUUACAACGAGGAGACGAUCGUCGAGAGGAAAAAACCAGAGGCUGGAGGUGAUCACCCAAAGCCACCAGUCUACAAGACCCUGAGUGUCCAGGAGAAUCCCAAGGACAAGGAGGAAAUCUACGAAUUCAGUUUCGAUGCUAAUGACUCCAGUGAACGACUCCAGAGGAAGAGGAAGAAGAGGACUGUGAGGAAGGCACCAGCCAAGAGGGCCAAGAAGAUGAUUGAAGGAGUCGAAAGAAAUCCAGAAGAACUCGUUAAGAAAGUUGAUAAAAAAAUUCCUGUAGGAAUCACUAAAUCUGGUGGUGAAGGUCUCAAAAAAGCUCUUGGGGGUGAGAAAAUUCGUGCUGCUGGAGUUGGAGUCGUACCUGAGGCAGUUGCCACGACCUCCAGGCCUCGGGAUCAAGAAGAAAAGAUUAAGAAAACGAGUGGAAAAAUUCCUGGAGCUGAACCUGGCGUUGAAAUUGGUGAGAAGGGGCUUGAGGGGGGCCCAGGGGUCCUGGGAGAGGCUUCCAGACCCCUGGACAAUCAUCAGAAUGUCCCUGAAGCGUGUCAAAUCCCUGAGGAAGCCCCAGCAUCUCCAGCCCCGUCAUACCCAUCAUCCUCUCGAGGGAAUUCCCCAGCCCCUGAGCACUUCGAGGUGAUUGUGGACGUCCACGUCCCCUCGGACACCCCCUCGGGCACCCCUGGACCCUCGAAAAUCCCCUCGUCGACCCCAAAAACACCAGUUCUCCAGUCCAAAAAGCCCACGAUGUUCUCCAAUGAGAGACUCGAGGGAGACAGAAGGAUCAGCCUGACUUCGACUCCUCUGCACGCCCCCUCGGACUCCACAGGCCCCACCAGUGCCUUCACCAAUCGCCCCUCCACACAGUACAAAACAAUGAUGAAUCACUCGUUGAUCAGAAGAUCAUUCUCCCCAAUCGUUAAGCAAAAUAACGAUAAAGUUGACUGCAAUUUCGAUCCCAGCAGCCCCUGGCGUCCAAUCGCCACGAAUACUUUUUCGAGGGUGAAAAAUGUCUUUCAGAGCACUCCCCAGGGGAAAAAAGUCCUCACGCCUCAUGGAAUUCACUCCUUGACGACGGAAAACAAAAGAGCGAUGGGGAAAAUCAAUAAGAUCGUGGAGGAGAGUGACUCUUCGGUUGUUGAGGCACAGAAUAAGUCACCUAGGAAGUUUGGAACUGUUUUGGGAAACGUCUCGAGCCCUGGGACUGCCAGCCCCAGGAUGUCUGAGGGGAGCUCUGCGGAGGACAAGGAGAAUCAGGUGAGUCCCAGGAAGAGCAAGAGGGUGAGGACGCCCUUGGGGAGUCCCUUGAGACCUCUGGAGAAUGAGAGGAUGAGGGAUGAAGCUUCUGGGGUGGAGAAUGAGAAGGUCGUGAGGGAGGAGAGGGUUCUGAGGCAGUCGAACCUCCAUGGCUUCCUGGGGAUCCCUGAGAUGCCUGCGAGCACGAGCAUCAGCACUGCUCAUGGGAUCUUUGAUGAGGGGGAGGGCAUUGUUCCUGGGAGGAGUGCCAAGAGGCCUGGGGAGCAGUUCAGUGUUGGAAAUGCUUUUGGGUUUGAGGAGGAGAGCUGGGGGGGACAGGAUGAGUCCUCAGGGGCUGCUCCAGGGGCUGAUGUUGCUGGGGAGAUUCUGAAGAAGGUUGAAGCCAAGGAAAAGGGGCAGAAGAAGGUUGAAGGCAAGGAAAGGGUUGAUGUGGAGAACAUUCGGAAGAAAAUUGUGGAGAAGAGGCCUGUGAGGAUGCCCACCAGGCCAGUGCAGAAGGUCGUUGUUGAGGAUUUGGAUAAGAUUGAGAAGGAGAAGGAAAGGGUGGAGGUGAGCAGUGGAGAUGUCAGUGAGGAUGAGGGUGGAGAGAGUGUGGUCAGGAAGGAGACCCACGAGGCCACCAAGAAGGACUUGGUGGAGGCUGGGCACUUCUUGGACACCUUCGAUGCUGAGGAGAGGGAGACCAGCCCUGUGGAGGUGCCUCUGUUCGUUGAUCCUGAACCUGUGCAUUUUAGACAGCCCCCAAGAUAUUCCUAUGGUAAACGUAAAAGAGGUUUCCACCACAACACCUCCGACGAAACCGAGGAUAUUCAUUCCGAGGAAGAGGACGAAGAUCACUUCACACGUAAAACGAAAAAACGUAAAAUGACAAAAGCUGAGAAGGAGCAGCAGAAGAAACUCGACGAAUGGGCAAAGAGUGUCAACCAAACGUUCGAUGAAAUUGAGCAUUUCGAUCUCAUUGUGGAAUGAAAGGACUUUUUUAUCAUCAAACUUAUAAAUUAUAUCGUUUUUCAAAAGUCAGAAUCUCUUUUAUCGAACAGACGAAACCACAUCCAGGCUGUUGUGGACAUUCGCCACUCCGACGUGUACAGAUCACUCGACAUUUCGCUGAUGUACUGUAAGUUUUAUGUUAUGGAAACAAAAUUUAAGUGUAAAAUUAGGAUAAAAAGAGCUUUAUAUGGCCUGAAACUUAUUUUUCUAAUGGCAAUAUUUAAAAUUCUUUAGGGUUGUAAGAACGUGAGGUUUUUCUAUCAGAUUAUAUUAUUAUUCUCGUAUUAUUAUCUUGUGUAUGGCUCCGGUGCAGUUCUUUUGUAUAAAUAUGGUGGAAAUAUAAAGAUUUUUAUGAGAUAA